AGUGUCUUCUAUGUCAAUGUCAAAUGUCAAUGUCUUUAUUUAUUGUCUUUGUCUAAAUAAAAUAGUGUAAUUUGGUUGAUUUACUUUCUUGGUUGAGUUAUCUAUAGAUUUAUUAAACCGAAUUUGAUUUCGUAUUGUUGUUUCUGUGAUUUUUUGCAGCACUUUGCGCAUGUAUUUAAACAUGCUCAACGCUGAGUUGAACACUGUGGACCCUGGAAGAUUUGCGAGUAAUUCGCAAUCUAUAGAAUUUGGUCCAUGGCACAUAUCAUACGAUGUUAGCUGUAUACUGCCGAGCGUUUGUUCCACCAAGCUCGUUUGCGAACGCGAAGACGAUCAAUUUUGCCAGUUUUGUAUAUAUUGCAAAGAGCUAAAGAUACCACAUUUUCCUGAUAUGGUGUUUCCUAAAAAUAUUCUGAAGCUGAACCAUAACAGUGGUGCACAAAUAUGUUUUAAUCCUCUUGAUUCUCUUAAAUGUGUUGCAAGCAGGAUGGAAGCUAUUGAAGUGUCAUGUGCUGAAGCUUGGCAAGAAGCACGACCAGAUGCACCAAAACCAAAGAGGCCUUUUGAUUGGACAUUUUCAACUGAUUACAAAGGGACACUCACAGAUAAUAUUGUUGUAGAGGCAACCAGUGAAACAAUUGAUUUUAAUUUACUGAAGCAAAAGGAACAAAUCCUAUUCUACCAUGAUUUAACUUUAUUUGAAGAUGAACUUCAUGAUCAUGGAAUAUCCAAAUUGUCAGUGAAAAUAAGAGUGAUGCCGACAUACUGGUAUGUGCUGCUGAGAUACUUUCUGCGAGUAGAUGAUGUACUGGUGAGGUCUAAUGAAACGAGAAUGUUCCAUUUGCUGAACUCAGAUUAUGUUCUCAGAGAAUACACAGUAAAGGAGGCACAGGCAAAAGAUUUAAAUAUGCCUACAGCUCACAUGAAAGAAGCUGAUGAUGUGAUACCAGUUCUACCAGUUAAAGAAAAAGUAACACACAAAUUAAUUGUGAAUAUACCUCCUAAAUAGAGUGCUUUGAUCUCCAUUAAUUAUAUUAUUAAAUAUUAAAUAAAAUAAGUUGAGCAAUUUAAUAAAUAUGUAGUUAUAUGGGUUGUAACUACACUAUAACAAUGAGCAAUUGAGAAACAAUGAAAUGUUAACAAAUGAGAAAAUAUUAUGGUGUUCAAACAUUUAGUAAAAUGUCACUAUUUUAAAUUAUGAGUCAUCACUUUGUGAAUAUUAAGUUUCUUAAAAACGAAGCCUUCCACUAUUAGAGUUACAGAGUUGCCAUAGAGGUCAUGUUAUUGUAAG